AGACAACAACUACACAGGAUCAGGUUGAUUGAAGCAACAGGCAGUUGACCUUGUGUGCUCGUGUCGUGCAUACCUAUUUGUUUCUUGCGAGUCUCCGGUUUUUUUUUUUGAGGAAAAAACUUACGCUUGAGCUGAAAACUCACACGAUGCUCCUGAUAGAUCAGUGUAAAGUUGUCUAAGUCUCGUUUCAUUGACGCAUUAUAGUCCACGCAAACGCGCCAUCGGCACUGCGACGCGGCAACGCUCUUGCUGCUGCUGCUACUCCCAUAAAUCGAAUCCUAUUGAAAGAUGGCGGGCACACCUUCAAUGUCGAUGUCAAGGUCCUACUCGCGUCCCGGGACGGCCGGAAGGAGUGGCACGCUUCCGCCCGGUUCGGUAACGGGCAGCACGCAGCUCCCUGAAGACUCGGAAGAUGUUCUGCAGUGCAAGCCGGUUGAUUGCCUCUCUCGACCCAUCCCUAUUACCAUGCUUUUCGGUGAGGGCGAAGACAGGAACGAGGAACUGGUAGCAGAGCUCCACAGGCGGCCGCAUGUUUACGAGAUGCAUCACGCGGGGCAGGUAUUACUUCAGCCUCUAAAUGUAAAGCUCUCUGUUUCUUUGUUAAUCUUAAAAGUGAGGAACUAUUGUUUAGCUAGCGCUCGGGCUCGCCUGUUGGUUUUUGAAGGUUCUUGUGCUGAUGCUGCUCAGGCUUAGCCGAACGCAUGCACCUGCGCUAGUUUUUUUUUUCGUUCUCUGGAACGCAGGGCGACGGUUCAUUUGUGGCACUGCGGUGUCGGAUGUGCAGAGACAAGAAUCAAAUCGGGCUCGAGCAUAUGCAGAGUCUGAAGCACAAAAAGAACAUCGACAUGCAGUACGACCUGGCAUUGACGCUGGAGAUCGGCGAAGAGCUGAACGUUCCCGGCCGGUACGGCCGCCUUAUUGAGCCGGUGAGUGUCUUGGACCGGCCUGGCAUUCAUGUGCCCCGCGACUACAAACAGCUCGGCCAGUCUUAUGGUGGCGCGCGACAGAAUGCUUCGCUCAUCAGUGUGGCGCCGGGGCCCAGUUUGUACUUGGGCUCCACACUCGAAUCCGUGUCCCCCAUACGAGAAUCGCCACGCUCUUCAUUUUCAGCGCAAUCGAGCAAAGCGCCGGAUCCGUGUGCGGCAGCUGAGAGUCUCCUAAGUGAACGCAGUUUGACCCUGACGCAAUCACGUCGUGUGCCCGAGCAAGAGAGUUGCAGCCGGGGCACGCACUCCAGAUCCGAGUCUGGAGCUCAGCUGAGAUCCAAGUCAAGAGCCGCGGCGAGAUCCAGGCUCGGAAAGAAGUCGAAGAAGAGCAAACGCGACUCAUUCUAUGACUCCUCGCAGUGGUUGCACGAGGACGAAAAGGCAGCUUCGAAAAAAUCCAAAAAAUCGCGAGCAAGGUCGAAGGAUGAAGACUUCACACGACGGAGAAAGCGCAAAGCAACGCCAGCAGCGAGAGGAGACACGUCGCGCCGUGGAAAAUCGAGGGCCGGGCGCAAUAGCGCUGAAUUUUCACAAACUGGAGCGCAGACAGAAAGAGGCAGACGUCGACGGGACGUAAGCGCAGAAACGGAAACAGAUCUGGACGAGCAGAGUCUUGCGAGCCGGUGCGCGGGGCUUGAGAUAGAGCAGGAAGAGCACCUUGGAGCGCUAGCGGACCAGCUGAGCCAGCGAAGUGACUACCUGCGGAGAAAAGAACUGAACUUGAACAAACGGCAAGCACAGAUGGACAAGCGCGAGGAGGAACAGCGCGCAAAGCUGGACCGGCUGGAGACCGCGUUGCGCAAGAGGGAGGAAGAAUUGCUACGGCGCGAACAAAAGACAAGCCGAAAUCUGGAUAAACGCCGACAAGCAUUGGACGAUCGGGAAAAGGUUCUGGAGAAACGCGAGCGGCGGAUCGCCCGGCGGACAAAAGAAGCCGCAGAUCUGGGCCAGGACGACACCUUGGGCCACACCACGCAAACGCCCGAAAGCGCACCACCGGAAACCGAGGCCACCGAAUCGGCCGGGGGGGCGGUGCGUCAGAGCAGAAGAUAUCUACAGGUCUAGUUGCUGGCGACAACAACUCCACACGCGAUCAGUCUCCACGUUCCCAACUCCGUAUCAAGUAAGCUACUCACAUCUGGUCCCCUGCGCGUACGCUGCCUUCCUUCAGCUAAAUCCCACUCAUCAAUCUAUGCUGCGUGCCAAUCAUCAGUCACGUGAAGAAAUGUUCUGAACGCGAGCCGCUGAGUGUGAAAUCUUUCUGAGUUAACAUUCUGUUCAGAUUGCAGCAUGUAAAUGCAUUUCGCGUUGAGUCGUGUUUAGAGCGAUCGUUGGCUAAGACCCGUG